AUGUCGCUGCGGCUCACUCUCCUCCGCCCCGUCCGGGCUCCACUCCGCCCACAGCCCCUCCUCCGCCGAUGGUAUGCCGACGAGCCAGACGCCCCCGUCAAGCCCAAGAGGCGGCCGCCGCCGCCCCCGUCUGCACCAAUGGAGCCGACGACAUUUGACGGCAAGGCCACGCCGCGCGACGUCCACAACCGCCCUGCGCUGCGUGGGAUGCCUGGAGUUAUGAGCCCAUGGGAACUCGAGCGGCAGCACUCGCGCCCAAGGAGCAACCGGGCUGGACCACGGCCAGCGCCCAAGCCCAAGCUCGAGGAGCAUAUGUUCAAUGAGAGUGCGGCGCCGCGCGCCAUCUACCAGCGUCCUACGAGGGAUUUGCCUGUUGUGAACUCCCGGAUAGGGUUGUGGAUCGCGCUCGGUGUCCUAGGCCUUGGCGGCUGGGGUCUCUUCAUCCUCUACGCGACCAACAACGAGCGCUACUCUUCGUCAGUGGUGCGCCAGGUGUCGUUCCAGCUUCGCAACAGCCCCGAAGUGGCUCAGUUGCUUGGCGACCACGUCCGCUUCUCGCGCAACUACUGGGGCUUUGGCGAGCCAUGGAUCGCGGGCGGGAUCAACCUCAUGCAGGGCCGCAUUGAUGUCAAGUUCCGCAUGCGCGGCGACAAGCAGGAGGGCACGGUGUACUUUACGUCUAUCCGGCCGACGCAGGGCGCGGGGUGGCGCAUUGUCCGCUACAAGCUCGUCGGCGAGUACGGCGACACCAUCCGACUCGAUGACAAGGUCGGCCGCCCCGUCCUUCCCGACGAGGCAGCGGCCGAUACGUCCAACCCUGCGGCCGACGUCACCCUCUCGUCACCUGCCGAGGUCGCCCCAGUCCAGCCGACCAAGGCGGUGGCGUGGAUCCCCGAGACGCGGGCGGUCGCUAAAGCACUCCUUAUCGACCUCAAUGGCACGCUGUAUGUCGGGAACGCGCCUACACCCCGCGCCGUGGCUGCGCUUGAGCGGUUGAGGGAUGCGCGCGUGCCCUUCAUCCUGUGCUCAAACAACUCGCAACAGUCCGAGACCCGCCUCCUCUCCACGCUCGGGGAUAUGGGCCUGCACGCCUCCCCCCAGGAACUAAUGACGAGUCUUGGGGCUUGCCGUGCACUCGUCGAGAAACGGGGUUUGUCCCCAUAUCUCCUCUUAUCCCCGAACGCGCUCGACGAAUUCAAGUCUCUCACCACUCGCCCUCCAGCCGAAUGCGACGCCGUCGUGAUCGGCCUGCACCCCCCCGGCUUCGGCUACGAGAACCUGAACACGGCCUUCCGCAUCCUCAAGCAGGAACCACUUCUCCCCACCGACUCUCGAGAGGACAUGACAGCGGCGUCUACCCCCGCCAUUUCCAGAAACCCCUCCCCGUCCCCCGGUAUUGGACGAAAGCCGGUCCUCAUUGCGCCCCACAGGGCUGCGUUCUCCCAGGGCAAUGCGACGGACACACUUCCGGCCGGGUUGAACCUCGGUAUUGGGCCUUAUGUCGCUGCGCUGGAGUACGCCAUGCGGACGGGCAAGUACCGGCCUGGUGCCGAAGAAGGGUCUCACCCGCCCGACAGAGUAUACGACUCGUUUGCAGACUAUGUCGAUGCGAUCCUGGCCUAG